UUGGUUUAGUUGGCCAUGGCUCAAGCCAGAAAAAGAAGACAAUAAAAUCGCCAACACAGACGCUGGAGAUGAGCCCAUCGUGCGUUCCGUUCAUCCCUUCGUGAACCGUCCCAUGCAGCCCCCACGUUUGCCCUACCCCGCCAUCCCGGCCAUGCGCCACCCCGCCAGUCAGCCUGGACAUCCCAUCGGACCUCGAGCUCCGGUACCGAACCACCCGGCCAAGCGUCCUCUCCAACCCAAGGGACCGAAAAUCAGCAUACCGGCCGAACAUCUCAUCCUACCUCCGGCACCUAAAGCCCCGGGCAAACCGGCUGAACGUCUCAUCCUGUCUCCAGUACCGCACCUGCCGGCCGGGCCUCCUAGCCCCGGCAAGGCACCUAGCCCCGCCACCAAAGACAAGAAGAAAGCGCCCUAUCGCUAUCUCUACUGCCCAGAGAAGUGUACCGAGAUCGAAGGGAACAUCUACGAAUGAGCGACAUAAUAUUUGCCUAAAGAAUACAUGACCUAGCAAUCACAAUCUUUGCACCAUGCAAUAACCUUCUUAUGAUCAUAAACUGGAUUAGUAGAAUGUAACCCUAGAUCAGCAUUUAUAGCAAAGCCAACAAAAACUGAAAGAAUGUAAAGGUCAUCACUUUUUUUAAAUGGUUGAAUCUGUAAUAUCAUACAUGUAGAUGGCAAAGCAUAACACAUAUGCAGUGAUGGUUGUACACUUUGUGUUUUACACACAAUGAUGGCAAGAUUUGUUGACGAAAGGGCACUAAUGUGUCCUUGUAGCUAUCAGCGUUAAUAGAAGAUUCAAUACCUUAAUAACCCUAUUCUGAUAUUUCUGUGCCACAUGCUAAAGGCUACUCAUCAAAUGAUAAAUGGAUUGU